UGUACACCCAGGUGGCUUUCCGACUUCCCUGCUGUUUUGAAGCCAUUCAUUGUCCUAGCAGUGGGAGAGAGAGACAUACCUCCAGAAGACAGCAUGUGCGGUGUCCAGUUAGACCAGGUGGAUAUCCCAGCAGGACCUACUGGCACCAGUCACUGACUCUUACCAAGUACUACAUGAACUGUCUGGUUCAUAACUGACCUACAAGCAUAUGCACGAUAACCAAAAAAAAAAAAAAAAAAAAAAAUUGCAUGCUUGGUGAAGUGGUUUCUGUCAGUGACAAGGCCAGUGUAACACAGAUGAACGUUUUAAUUCUUCGCUCAGUAAAGGUGGCAGUUCACAGCUGGAGUGGGGGAUGUCCUCCCCCAAAAGCUCCCUCGAUGCAUCUGCGACUGCCAGUCGGGGUAUGGCUCUGAGUGCGCGUUCUCUUCUGGAGCUGCACACCGCGAGCGAUCUCCCAAGAGCCCUGCCCGCGUACGCACCGCCUUCAGCCAACGCUCAGCUCCUUCAGCCUCGCAUGUAACAUAAUAGAAAAAAAAAUCCACUAGUAUAUUGUGAUACAUUGGAUAUGCUUCCUGCAUCUGAAGUCAGUGGAUGAUGUUGAGAUCUGUUUGUUCAAUUGGAAAAGCAGGUAUGAUGGCAAUAUUAUGUCUUUAGACUUCUGCAUUAAUAAGAACUAGAAUAGUAAUAAAAGUCUGGAAGUUCUGGGUGCUUGAUUAGUGCCCAGUCUUGGAAAUGUAAGGUAAUGUUACAGGUUAACAUUCUCAGGCUGAUAGUGUGUGCUUUUUUCAAUAGUAAUCUGUGAAAUACACUUUUCUUUAUCUUUUGUUUGGAACUCUAUACAUUUCUUUAAGGGCUCUUUGAAUGUCCUUUCCUGGUGUUUGAGUACUCAUGGCUUUUAAGUUAAGUUAGAAUUUAAAUGUCAAAUUAUUCUAGAUAGGAAGUCACUGCUGUGUCAGAUGAGCUUCAAAGUUCACAUCAUGUUUUUAAAAAAAAACCCACAAAAUAAUUUUUUUUUUUAAAUUGGAAGUUCAUGGGUGGCUCAAACACCUUUUUCCAAGUGUGCACACGCACACAUGCCUGUGCCUUUUCCUUAGGAGGUUUUUCAAACUUCACUAAGUACCUUCCAACAAUCAUUCUUGGGAAAUUUAACUAUGCAGUUAAAUGCAAGAAGCACUGUAAUACCUAGCUUGAGCACCUACUCAGGGUUCUGAAGUGUUUACCUUGCCUAAUGGCUAUAAAAUUUAUAUUCUUUUGGGAGGGUAGAUUGUUCUGCACUUCUUCCCAGGGAAUGAAAUUGCAAAGUUUCUUUCAGGACAGACUGUCCCAGGGAGACUGUGAUGUAUUCUACCAAUUGCAUUGUGGAUGUUGCAGAGGGAUAAUUUGAAUUACAGAAAUUUAAUAAAUGUGUAGAUUAAGACUCUACUUUUUUAUUAUAUCAAGUAUUUAUGCUAAAUGUUUGGUUGUAAUGCACCUUUGACAGAUCAAUAUGGUGAUUUAACUUAAACAUUUCCAAGCAUUUGCUUUUGAAAUGGAAAACUCCGUAUUCAUUCUCUGUUUUAAAUCUUCUAAUUUUUCUUUCAGAUUACUCUUUACAUCUGUAGAAAUGGACAGCAGCAGUUUCAUUCAGUUUGAUGUGCCGGAGUACAGCAACACUGUUCUGAGCCAGUUAAAUGAACUCCGCUUGCAAGGGAAGCUCUGUGACAUAAUUGUGCACAUCCAGGGUCAGCCGUUCCGCGCCCAUAAAGCUGUCUUAGCUGCCAGUUCUCCGUAUUUCCGUGACCAUUCAGCAUUAAGCACCAUGAGUGGCCUAUCUAUAUCAGUUAUUAAAAACCCCAAUGUUUUUGAACAGUUGCUUUCUUUUUGUUACACUGGAAGGAUGUCCUUGCAACUGAAGGACGUUGUCAGUUUUCUGACUGCAGCUAGCUUCCUACAGAUGCAGUGCGUCAUUGACAAGUGCACGCAGAUUCUGGAGAGUAUCCAUUCAAAGAUCACUGUGGGUGAUGUUGAUUCUGUCACAGUUGGUGCCGAAGAAAAUUCAGAGAAUCGCAAUGGCGUUAAAGACAGCAGCUACUUUGCCAACCCUAUUGAGAUAUCUCCUCCCUAUUGCUCUCAGGUGCGACAGUCAGCAGCAGGCAGCGAUCUUCGGAUGGAAACUACUCCAGGCAAAACUCUUCGUAGUCGUCUGCAAGAAGAAGGGCAUUCAGACCGAGGGAGCAGCGGAAGUAUCUCUGAAUAUGAGAUUCAGAUUGAAGGUGAUCAUGAGCAAGGAGACCUGAUAGUGAGAGAAAGUCAGAUUGCAGAGGUGAAAGUUAAGAUGGAAAAGUCUGACAGGCCAAGCUGCUCUGACAGCUCUUCCCUUGGUGAUGAUGGAUAUCACACUGAAAUGGUGGAUGGAGAGCAGGUGGUGGCAGUAAAUGUUGGUUCCUAUGGGUCUGUCUUACAACAUGUUUAUUCAUUUACCCAUGCCUCAUCACAGGCUACAGGUGUGUCAGAAACCUUUGGAAGCCUGAGCAAUACAAGUCCUUCAAGGUCAAUGCUGAGCUGUUUCAGAGGGGGUCGUGCGCGCCAGAAACGAGUCACUACGGGUCACUUGCAUAGUGAUGUCCAGGGCUUGGUGCAAGGGGCUGACAGUGAAUCCAUGGUGAGUAAUCCAGGAUAUGAAAACAGUCCACGGGAAAGAAAUGCAAGAGGUCAUUGGUAUCCAUACAAUGAGAGGCUAAUUUGUAUUUACUGUGGCAAAUCUUUCAACCAGAAAGGGAGCCUUGAUCGACAUAUGCGACUGCACAUGGGAAUAACUCCUUUUGUGUGCAAGUUUUGUGGAAAGAAAUAUACCCGUAAGGACCAGCUUGAGUAUCAUAUUCGUGGUCACACAGAUGACAAACCCUUUCGCUGUGAGAUCUGUGGAAAAUGUUUUCCUUUCCAGGGUACCCUAAACCAGCACUUGCGAAAAAAUCACCCGGGGGUUACAGAAGGGAGAAACAGGGUUGAGUCUCCAGACAGAACAGAAGCAUUUGUGGAACAGAAAGUAGAUAAUGAUGCUUCAGCUUCUGAAGCCAUGGAUUCUAGUAUGGAAAUUCAUGCAAUGUCUAACACAUCUGAUUAAAAUCUUGCAUCUAAGUAAAACACAAACAAGCACAUUACUAAUGUAUUUUUAAAGUAUUUUAUUAUUUUAAUAAUCUUCAGUACAAGUGUAACAGCCUUUUAAUUUUCCUGACCUUCUGGAAAUCAGAUAGAAAUGGUUUCUGGAGAAGAUUUCAGAAGUGUUCUCUGUUCUUUAUUCAGAAGUUUUUGAAGGAGGCUGAAUUGUUUGGAGUUUGUUUUUUUAUUUUUGAAGAUGCUCAGAAUAUAAAGACAGUGUACUUGGGAAAGGCUAGGAAGAGUCUUCUGAAGUGUCCCUGCUGAUUGAUCUGGUGAGACACAAAUGCCAGUGGAGAAGGAUAUUAGAAUAAGAUUGGCAGCUCUGCUGAAUGCUCAGAGAAGCUGUAAUUUCUUUUAUUUCUUAAAUCCUGUUGCUGGUAAUGUGUUACACAGCAGUGGGGAGAGGGAAUAUUACAGCUUUGAUUCCUCUUCUGUCACAGUGAAAUCUGUUCACUCUUACUAACUGGUUUUGGUAGUGAGUCUGUUUAUAUAUAUAAAUUGGCUUUAUAUAUAUAAAAUGCUUUCACUUUCCCUGUUCUGGUUGAGGUGAAUGUAGAAGUAUGUCAAGGCUUAUACCAUAUGCCGCUCUAUCAACUGUUAGGACCCCUCUCUGCUUAGGGUGUAGUACUUCGGGAGGAUGGUUUUGGUUUUAAAUGAAUGUUGUUUGGUUUUCAUUUUAUUAAACUAUUUGUGUGCAAAAGUGAGCAAAGUGAAUUAUCUUGUUUUAAUAGCUUUGCUUUAUGACAUAUGUAAACCAAAUGCCAUAAAUCUAUUAAACUAUGGUUAAAUUGUUGAAAGAUUUUGUUAGUUGUCUAGAAUGCAAGCUAGACAACCUGUGGUGCUGACCUUUUUAUAUAUAUAGAGAUAGAUAUAUCUAUAUAUAUAUAGAUACACACACACACACAUAUAUAUAUAUAUAUAUAUAAAAUAUUAGCAAACCUAAAAGUAGCAUUGUGGUCUAAAAUGUGUUUUUACUGGCCUCAGAAUCUACCUUCAUUUCGUACUGUAGAACCAUACCAGGUAAUUAAACUUAACUUCAUCACUCUUCAUGAUUUUUAAAACAUGGGAGAGAUGUCGUUUAAGCCACAGUAUUUCCAAGCAGUAUUUUAAUAGGUCUCUUCACAGAGAGCUAUUUUCAGGUGCACGUUGACUUCCUACUUAAAUCUCCAAGUGAUAUGCCAGCACUUGGAAUUUGUACUUUUUUUGUAUAGAAAAACAAAUACUCUAUGGGAAUUUUGAGCAAUAUGUUAUUUCAUGUGUAUUACAGAGUUGCUAUGGCUUCUCUGUUUUUUCAGUGGUUUUUUUCUCUAUAAAGGAGCUACCAACAACUUUAAAAAUACUCUAAAUCUUUUUUGUUUCACCAAAUAUGUGUUUUUAAUAUGGUGCUAACUUAAUAAUUUAGGUCAGUAUAAUAUAGAAAAUGUGAAUCAUAGUCAUAAUGGUCAAGAAAAAAAAAAUCCCCAA